AUGCUUCUGGAUGCUGGACCGCAGUAUCCCGCUAUAGGAGUCACUACCUUCGGGUCGUCUCGCCACCACUCCACGGGCGAUGUAACGGACAGAGAAGUGGGGCUGGGGAUCAACCCCUUCGCCGACGGCAUGGGCGCCUUUAAAAUUAACCCCAGCACGCACGAGCUGGCCUCGGCCGGCCAGACCGCGUUCACCUCGCAGGCACCCGGCUACGCGGCGGCGGCGCUGGGGCACCACCACCACCCGACCCAUGUCAGCUCCUACUCCAGCGCAGCCUUCAACUCCACCCGGGACUUUCUCUUCCGCAACCGGGGCUUCGGCGAGGCGGCGGCGGCCAGCGCCCAGCACAGCCUCUUCGCUUCGGCUGCGGGCAGCUUCGCUGGACCCCACGGACACACCGAUGCGGCAGGACACAUUCUCUUCCCGGGGCUUCACGAGCAAGCCGCGAGCCACGCUUCUCCCAACGUGGUGAACGGGCAGAUGCGCCUGGGCUUCUCCGGAGACAUGUACGGGAGGCCAGAUCAGUACGGCCAGGUCACUAGCCCCCGGUCUGAGCACUAUGCAUCCACUCAGCUCCACGGCUACGGCCAUAUGAACAUGAACAUGGCAGCCCACCAUGGGGCAGGGGCCUUCUUUCGCUACAUGAGGCAGCCCAUCAAGCAGGAACUCAUCUGUAAGUGGAUUGAGCCCGAGCAAUUGUCAAACCCCAAAAAGUCCUGCAACAAAACUUUCAGCACAAUGCACGAGCUGGUGACUCAUGUCACAGUGGAGCACGUUGGAGGACCCGAGCAGUCCAAUCACAUAUGUUUCUGGGAAGAGUGUCCAAGAGAGGGGAAACCUUUCAAGGCCAAAUAUAAACUUGUAAAUCACAUCAGAGUCCACACCGGUGAAAAACCCUUCCCCUGCCCUUUCCCAGGCUGUGGGAAAGUGUUUGCUAGAUCAGAAAAUCUCAAAAUACACAAAAGAACUCACACAGGCGAAAAACCAUUUAAGUGUGAAUUCGAGGGCUGUGACAGGCGCUUUGCAAAUAGCAGCGACCGCAAAAAGCAUAUGCAUGUGCACACGUCUGACAAACCCUAUCUCUGCAAAAUGUGCGAUAAGUCCUACACUCACCCAAGUUCCCUCAGAAAACACAUGAAGGUCCAUGAGUCAUCCUCCCAGGGGUCCCAGCCUUCUCCCGCCGCCAGCUCAGGCUAUGAAUCCUCAACGCCCCCAACAAUCGUGUCUCCAUCUACAGAAAACCAGACCACAAGCUCCUUAUCCCCCUCUUCUUCAGCAGUCCAUCACACGUCCAGCCACAGCACGCUUACAUCAAAUUUUAACGAAUGGUACGUUUAA